AUGUCGGAAACACCACUGACUCCUCCAGCAAGACAAAGAACCAACAGAAACCAAUUUCUGCAGUAUUCUUUUCCAAACUACCAAGCUGGAUCAUCGUCAUCAACUAUAAAAACACCUUUACAUACUCAGAAGGGGUUAUUAACACCAUCCACAAUCACCAAAAAAUCCGUGAAAACACCAGUAAUAGAUAAUGGUUUAGUGAAUUUCUGCAAAAGGCCCGUAACCACAACCACCACAACCAACAAAGUGUUUUCACUUUCACCAACUACACCACAACGUUCACCUUGCAAAUAUACAGCUUCUUCAACACACCGCAAAAGAAACUUGAAUGAUAUAUUCCUGGAUUCUGCAACUAGUACUUACUCGAGAAGUACCGAAAAAAUAUCGUUUGGAUUGUUUUUACCUUUACCCUCGACUGUAGGAUCAGGUAGAAAGAUUGGUAAGUUGCAUGGCGGAUUUCUAAGUGGUACUAGUAAUAUACCAUUGUUUGAUAAGAAGAAAUUGGAAAGUUUGCGAGAUGAAGUCGAUAUUGAGGAGGAAAUCGAAAUGGAGGUGAUGAUUAAGGAAAAGGUUGAUAUAGAACCUAGUACUCCUGGCAAACAAAUUAUAGACGAUGAGACCGUGAGACAAUGGCACGGAAAACUGUUUAACGACAAAUUUUUUGAUGACGAGGAGGAGGAGAAUAAUGAUGAUGAUGACAAUGAGAACAAUAAUGAUGAGGAUGGUGAGAAGGUGAGGACUAUGUCGUAUUUGGAAACGAAAAAAAUCCCUCGUGCUAGUCUAAUUAACCCAUUUAUAGAGAAUGAAAAUGAGAAAGAUGCUAAUCUUGGGAAUAAUAAGCAGGAUUUACCUUCUAGAAUAGAUUACAACACACAUAUGGAAUUGGUUAAUAAUAAAACAGGGGAAAGAAAAGUGCUCAAGUUGACAAAGAACCAGAUGAAGUAUAAGCCAAAAAAAUUGUCCUUUGAAGGAAUAUGA